AUGAAUAGUCUGAUCGAUAAAACAACCAAUGAACCUUAUGCCAAACAUGCUAAGAUAACGCCCAAGAAGAAACCAAUACCCAUAGCUGUGUUGCCUAAACCCUCAGUUCCAAAAUCCACUUUCAACCCCAGUAUUAAGACAUCUAAAUUAAAGAAUGAUAUUGCUUUAAAUAUUAACACAUCUAAGAAAUGGAUCUUACCUCCAAGACCUCGUCCUGGUAGGAAACCUGUGGCGGAAGCUACCUCGCCUAUGGGUUCAAGUCCAAUGGUUUCUUCCGUAAGUAAUAUAUCCACGGCAAUGGGUCCAAGUGCUAGUAAUGCUUCCAACAUAAGUGUUCAGAGUACCUCAUCAUCCACUUCCAAUGUGGCACCUAUACCAAAUAAUAGUGAAAGACCUGAAGAUCCGGAGUUACACAAAUUAAAAUUAUCAUACCUUGAAAAAUUGAAAGAACAAGAACUCAUCUUCAAUUAUAUUGAUAUUAUUAAUAACCAAAUAAACCAAUUGGAUUUCAUUAAGAAUGGGUUCAUUUCCCAUGAUACACUUAAUCAAAUAGAGCACGAGAAAAUCGUGGUGGAGAAUAAUGUAGGUGGUAGAGUUCAAGAACUAGAGAAUAUUAACAAUAAUCAAGAUUUAAACAAAUUCUUGAAUUAUAUGAUCAAAUCAUCAAACUUGAUUCAUAGAGUUACCAAGAAUUAUCAAGGGAAUAUCAAUGAUCAAAUUGACAAAUAUAUGAAAUUACGUAAAAACAAUUUAAAAAGAGACAAUAAGGAGUUUAAAGCCGAAAAGAAAAUAUCAAAACUUGGACAAAACUUACUCAAUGAAGGAAAUAUCUUCGAUAAGUUGGUGAUAAAUGAUGAGUUCACUUGUGGAAUCUGUAAGAAGUCCAGUCCUUGCUUUUGCUUAGACAUUGACAAAAAGAAAUGA